CCUUUUCUCCCAGAAAAAGUGAAUCCAAAUGCAUGAGGCUUCUGUGUUUGGUUGUUCAGAUUUGAUCCUUUCUCUUCACUCUCUUCACACCUUGGAUCUGUGUCCUUUUCCGCCCUCUUUCUGUCAGCUUUCUCCAUAACGCUCUUUUCGCUGCUUUGUUCCCUCAAAGAGCUUCACACUCAGCUGAAACCAAGAUCCAAUUUUGACUCUCACCCAUCGUCAUCCAUUUCAAAUCCCUCUCUGGGUCGAUUUUGAUUCCUCCAAAGGUGUUUUCCUCCGAGUGUGUGAAGGUUAUGGUGAUGAAGGAGCGGCAAUGAGGUGGUUUGUGGCAGAGAAAUGGAGGUUAGAUCGGAGGGUGUUCAGGUGAGGUGCGAUAAGCUUCAAGCACCUGUGAUAGCGAGGACACGUUUGCGGGUUUGGUUUAUUCGAGUGUGUUCAAGCAUUGUGAUUUGGACAUGCCUCAUUCAGCUACUUACAGUCACUGAACUGUGGCGUUCCAAUUUCAUUUCUGGAAUUACAAGUCGAAUAUAUCACAUUAAUCAGCGUCCUUUCUUAGCAGAAACCACUGUUGCUCAAGCCCCUCCACCUUAUCCACCUGCAAGAAAUUAUACAAGUAAUGGAUUUCUAAGAGUGUCCUGCAAUGGGGGCUUAAAUCAAAUGCGUGCAGCGAUUUGUGACAUGGUAACAAUUGCUCGACUUUUGAAUCUCACAUUGGUUGUUCCAGAGCUAGAUAAGAAAUCCUUUUGGGCAGACCCUAGUAAUUUUGAAGACAUAUUUGAUGUCACACAUUUCAUCGGGUCUCUUAGAGAUGAAGUUCGAAUAGUGAAAAGAGUGCCGAAGAAGUUUAAUACUAAAAAUGGAUAUUCCACCCUUAAGAUGGCUCCUAUUAGCUGGUCCAAUGAAAAAUAUUAUUUGGAGCAGAUUCUGCCACAUUUUAGCAAGCAUAAGGUGGUACACUUCAACAAAACAGAUGCACGCCUAGCAAACAAUGGUCUGCCAUUGGAUCUACAAAAACUUAGAUGUCGUGUUAAUUUCCAGGCACUUAAAUUCACUCCUGAAAUUGAGACUUUGGGGCAGAAAUUGAUUCGGAUUCUUCGUGAGAAGGGACCUUUUGUGGCAUUGCAUCUGAGAUAUGAGAUGGACAUGUUGGCUUUCUCAGGCUGUACUCAUGGUUGCAGUUAUGAGGAAGCCGAGGAGCUCAAGAGGAUGAGGUAUGCAUUCCCUUGGUGGAGAGAAAAGGAGAUAGUGUCUGAAGAGAGGAGAUUGCAGGGUCAAUGUCCCUUAACACCAGAGGAGACAGCCUUAGUUCUCCAAGCCUUAGGUUUUGAUAGAGACAUGCAGAUCUACAUUGCUGCCGGUGAGAUCUAUGGUGGCGAGCAUAGACUUGCACAACUGAGAGCUGCAUUUCCAAAAAUUUUAAAAAAAGAAAUGAUGCUGGCCCAUGAUGAGUUGUGGCAGUUCCAAAAUCAUUCGUCACAGAUGGCAGCUUUGGAUUUUAUGGUUUCAGUAGCCAGUAACACCUUCAUUCCUACCUAUGAUGGGAACAUGGCAAAACUUGUCGAAGGCCAUCGCAGGUAUUUGGGUUUUGAAAAAUCCAUAUUGUUGGAUCGGAAGAAGCUUGUAGAGUUGCUUGAUUUGCAUCAAAAUGGAACCCUUCCAUUUGAUGAGUUUUCAGAUGCAGUGAGACGGGUUCAUGAAAACAGAAUGGGGCAGCCAUUUCGUCGUAGGGUGUCAGACAAGCCAAAGGAGGAAGAUUACUUCUAUGCCAACCCUCAAGAGUGCCUCUGUGAGGGGACAAAAUGCGAUGACCUGUUAGGCCCUCGCAACUCCAGUGUAGGAAUGGCAGCUGCACAACUAUGAGUUUGAACUUUGACAAAUGAACUUAAAAAGUUGCACAUUCACACAAGUUCCUCAAGUUCUGUGUUGAAGAAUCCAUAUCAUUGGCAUACUGUCUUAGAAAAUUUAUUAUGUACACAUGAUUUUGUAGGAAAGCACGGAAAAGAAAGUAUUAGCUUCUAAUUCUAUUGAGGUUUUGCAAAAGCUGUAUCUUGAUCUUUUCCCUUAAUUUUUUUACUCCAACCACAGACUCACAUCAAGCAUUGUAAAGUUCAUUCUCAUUACCAUCUUGACUAUAUUUAUAACCGGUAUAGAAGUGUAAUUCAAGCAUUA